ACAGCUGUGAGCCGAGGAAAAAACUAUGUAUGUGAUUUUGCUGCGGAAUUCUUUCAGUUUGUGCGUAUUUUGAGUUUGCAAAUCAAUUUGGUGCAUUUAAAAACAGACGGUUUACUAUUAAAGAAUGACAUCUGUGUAAAGUUAAAAUUCAAGAGCAAAAGCAACGGGGCAGUUAAGUUAUGAACACUCAGGAUUAUGGCGGCAUCCAAUGGAUACAGCAGCACGCAUCUGCGGUGGACUCCGAGGCCGACCUACUGGAAAACGGCGCUGCCGACAGCGAGGUAGCGUCCGCCUACUUGGUCAAUGGCAAUGCAACCGAUGAGGAUCUCGACCAUAUGGCGGCUGAGAAUCUCAUAUUCAUGGCGCGUGAUGGUCAACUGAGCGAGAUAAUUGCAGCCAACGAGAGCGGCGGCAGUACCGUCUUAAUUACGGACAGUGGAACUGUUUCCUAUGCCGCGGCAUUUGAUGAGGAUGCCCAGGUGGUCACUGAGGAGAUAAUCACGGAUGACUGGGUGCAGCACCAGGGCGCCGAGCGCGUGGAAAUCGCUGCGGAACAAAUCGCGGGCAACAACAGCUCGCAGGAGCUGCUGGACAUGGAGCAGGACGAGUAUACGGCACUGCGACCCUAUCCCUGUGACUUCUGCAGCCGGCGUUUCCGCAAGAAGACCAGCCUGAACAAUCACAUGCUGGCGCAUCAGAAUGAUCGUCCACAUCUGUGUAAAUUGUGCGGCGCUCGGUUCUCACGACGGGCCGAGCUUAUCAGUCACUUCAAAGCGCACGCCGAGGCACAGGAUGCUGCCGAUGCGGCGGCAGCAAUCAAAUUCGAGCCUCCACAGCAACAACAACGCCAAAUGGACGAUCAUUUCUAUGAGCAGGAAUGGUCACUGUACCAGGAUCAGGAAGACGAUCAAGUGCAACAAGAUCUGCAGCAAAUGGAACAAGACCAGCAGGAGCAGCAUGAACAGCAAGAGCAACAGCAGCAGCAGCUCGUGCUGCCGCAGGCCAGCUAUGCAGCAAUUAGUGAUGUGCCCGCCCCAACAGCCGCACGAGGUCGCAUCAGCCGCCUCAAGCCCAAAGAGGAGAGCACUCAGUACAUUGUGAUUGGUGAGAAGCAGACAACGGACGACUUGCAGCCGUACAUGGAGUGCGAGGAGCUGCAACCCGCGCUGACGAGUAGCACGUCAAUUGAAGCAACGUCAGCGACGGCCAGCGCGUCCGUAGCUGAGGUGGCGGCGACUCCGCGCUUUCCGGUGAUAGAUGAAAGCAAACCGUUCGUGUGUCAGCAAUGCGGCUUGGCAUUUGCCCGCGAAAAGGCGCUGGUCUCGCACAUUAAGAAUCAUCGAGUCGACUCUCCUUUCGAAUGCAAUCAAUGCCAGGAUAUGUUCUGGGACAAUUACAGUCUGCAGGAGCAUCUGAAAACACACCAGUUCGAGGAGAGCAAUUCGGAGUACGAUCCGGCCUCUGCUGGCGACGACAGCGCCAGCGAGUCGGAGGCGGAACAGCUAUACGGCGACUUCUACUGCAGCGAGUGCGGUAUUUCAUUUCACAGGCAGGACCUGCUGCGGCGCCAUGCCAGGCAGCAGCACAAGCAGCUGCCCACGGCUGUGGAGGGCGGCGCUAGGGAUGCUGAUGCCGAGAGUGCCAAAGAUGCGCAGCACUCUUGUCACACGUGCGGCAAAUCGUUUCCCAGCGCCUUGGAGCUGCUCGCCCAUGCCGAAGUACACGCGCGCUUCCCGCCCUUCAAAUGCGUUCUGUGCGGCGUUAGCUUCUAUGAGGAGCAGGCCAUCAAGCGGCAUUUACACACGCGCCAUCCGCAUGAGCUGAGACCCAACUCGUGCGUGCUGUGCGGCAAGGAGUGUCGCGAUCGCAAGGCCCUGAUGAAGCAUGCCUGGGAUCACUCGCGGGAGAAGUGCCACUCGUGCUCAAAGUGCGGCAAGAACUUUCACAACAAGGCGCGACUGAAGCGACACAUGGCCUCGCAUCGGGACAAGUCGGUGGUGUGCGAGGUGUGUCACGAGGAGUUCCCCGACGGGCGAACACUGUCCAAUCAUCGACAUUCGCACAGCACCACCUCGCCGGGCAAACUGUUUCCCUGCCACGAGUGCGGCAAGACCUUCGGUUCGCGCAGCUCCCAGCAGAUCCACGUGCGCAUCCAUACGGGAGAGCGACCAUAUGGCUGCCACUAUUGCUGGAAAGCGUUCGCAGAUGGCGGAACGCUGCGCAAGCACGAACGCAUUCACACCGGCGAGAAGCCCUACGCGUGCUCCGUGUGUCCACGUGCCUUCAACCAGCGCGUCGUGCUGCGCGAGCACAUACGCUCGCACCACUCGGGACUGGAUGCUGUGCGAGGGACAUACCACUGCACCGUCUGCUCGGCCGAUCUGUCCUCGUCCAAUGAGCUUAUACAGCAUCUCAUCCAGCACAGCGACACGAACACCGCCAAGCAGCGACAGCCAAUCACUGGUCCGCGAAAGUAUAAGCGACGCAGGAAACUGCAGCCACAUGAGAUCGCGCACAUGCGAGCGGAGCAUAAGGAUGGCGAGGAUUAUGCCAGCGACAUGGAGUUCUGUGACCUGGAUGUGGAGAAUGUGGACGAUCUGCUGGAAGGGGCAGACACGUUGCCAAGCAAAAAGGAGAAGCGCAAGCGUUCAGCUGCCAAUCAGGCCAAGUCCGUGAGGAAUGGGGGCGCAAGUAGCAAUGCCUCUGCGUCGGUCAAGUCUGCCAAUAGCAGCUGGGAUGAGAAGUUCCUGCAGACAAACAGCAAUGGCACCGCCGCCAACACUGAUGAGAGCUUCUACCAGAUUGAUUCGCUCGUGGUGGUCAAUGAUACCACACUGCCGGCCGUCAGCCCAUCCAGCAGUGCACAAGGUGCUUCCAAGUCGCGUCGAGGCGGAGGCAAGCAGGCCGAGAAUGGCGAUAAGUCCGGAGGAGGAGGCACAGCAGCAGCAACAGCAUCUACGACUAGCACAGAAUCUAGCAAAUCCCACGUCGCUACCAGUCGCAGCAGCAGCCGAAAGAAGGCCAGUAAGUCGGCCAAGAGUGCUGCCACAACAUCAUCCGCACCAGCAACAGCAGCAGCAUCGACCACGGCGAGCAGCUCGCGUCCACGAAUGAUACACACAGAAAAGUCGCGUGUGCCGCCAGAGAAUGCAUCGAAGAAGUCGCGUGGAGGCCGCACCUACAUAACGCGCACCAACACCAGCGAGACCAGCAGCCAGUUGAAUAGCCAGCUGGUCAAGUCGAGCGGCGUGUCCAGCUCUCGAAUUGUGGAUGAUUACGAGAUCAUAUCACCUGCCACCCAACCGCCCAAUCAGAUCAGUUCCAGUCCGCUGCACAUCAAGCAGGAGCAGGAGCAGCAGCAGCAGCGCAUCCAGUUCAUGUUCGAUGACACCCAAUUGAUCAACACUGCAAUGUUGCGGGAGAAGCCCUACGACAAGUUCAAUCCAAGCAUUGUCAAUGAUCUCGAGGAGAUAUUGCGCAGUCCGCUCAAGCAUGAUCGGAAUGCGCGGUUGCGCUUCACUAGCGAAUCGUCUACAACGCUACAGUUCCUGCCCGAGUUGGAGCCAAAUCUCAUCAAGAUUGAGCCCACAUCGCCGGAUCUGCGUGACAUGGUGGAGAGCCAGCAGCGUGUCAAUACCACAGCUGGACAGGCGGCCACGCCCACAUCGUCAUCCUCGUCGUCGGCGGCGCGCACAUCGCGUCACCUGCGACAGCUGACGGCCAAUGGCUCGAGCAGUCGCUCCGCUUCCAAGCGAAGCGCGGGCAAAUCCUCAACGUCCUCCGGAUCGAGCACCACAAAGCCCAGCAGCAACACAUCCUCAACAGAGGCUGUCAGCAAGUCCUACCUCAGCUACGGUGUGGACUCCUACAAUGUGGGCGUGACAACGAGUGCCAACUCGUCGGAUGUCAGUUCCGGCUUCUUCUCCAUCUCCGAGGUGGUGUCCGCUGCCCACGCAGCGGAUGCGGCCAAGGCAGCAGCAGCCAGCAAAACGGAGCGCCGGACCCGCUGCUUUGAGUGCGAGAUGUGCUCAUCCAUAUUUUCGGAUCGGGCACAGCUGCUGGAGCACAUGCACAUACACAUCUAAGGGAACCAGAACAAAAGGAGAGGGAUUUGUUAUUGGAACUGUUUUGUUAGCAAAACCACUAUACUAAAGGAUAAAGAAAACGGAUAUAUUAAUUAAGUUCUGCUUAGGAUUCUCGCAGGGUGGGGCUGGGGGUAAACGUAUUUUUUGAAAUAUUUACCAACAAGAAUUUCAAUUACAAAUUGAAUGAACAUGUUGUGCGGG